UCUUUAGAUAUGUCUCGAGGAUUUGGUGGUAGAGGAAGAGGAGGUGGUUUUGGAGGUAGAGGGAGAGGGGGAGGUUUUGGAGGAGGUGGGAGAGGAAGAGGAGGUGGAGGCAGAGGAGGAUUCAGAGGUUCUUAUGAUUCUGGGCCACCUGAUCAAGUAAAAGAACUUGGUUAUUAUACACAUCCAUGUGAAGAUGAUCUUGUAUGUAAAGCUGUUAUUGAUGAUGUGCCAUUUUUUAAUGCACCUGUUUAUUUAGAAAAUAAACAGCAAAUAGGAAAAAUAGAUGAGAUAUUUGGACCAGUUAGAGACUAUCGUGUAUCAGUUAAAUUAGCUGAAGAUGUCAAAGCUAACUCAUUUGCAAAAAAUCAGAAGAUUUACAUUGAUCCCGCUAAGUUGCUACCAUUGAGUCGGUUUUUGCCUAAGCCACCAGGAACACCAUCAACACCUGGCAGGGGAGGCAGAGGAGGAAGAGGUGGAAGAGGUGGAUUUGGACGUGGUGGCCGAGGAGGAGGUGGAGGAUUUGGAGGUCGAGGAGGUGGUGGAUUUGGUGGAAGAGGGGGUAGUCGAGGAGGAGGAUUUGGUGGUCGAGGAGGAGGUGGAGGGUUUGGUAGUCGAGGAGGAGGUGGAGGAUUUGGUGGCCGAGGAGGUGGAGGGUUUGGUGGUCGAGGAGGAGGUGGAGGAUUUGGUGGUCAAGGUAGAGGUGAAAAGCGUAGUUAUGAUGGUGGAAAUUUCAAUCAAAACAAGAGAACGAAAUUUGAUUGACUUUAGGAAAAUCUUUAUUUUGUAAUUAUAUGUACAAAAGUAUGUAAUAAAAAUCAUUGUGAAAUCAUUCAUCAAAA